AUGAGGAAGAAGUUAAGGAAGGAGAAGAAGUUAAGGAAGAAGAAGAAGAAGAAGUUUUGGAUGGAGAAGAAGUUAAGGGUAAAGAAGAAAGUAUGGAUGGGGAAGAAGUUUGGGAUGGAGAAGAAGUUAAGGAUGGAGAAGAAGUUUGGGAUGGAGGAGAAGUUUGGAAUGGAGGAGAAGAACCGAAGUAUGGAGAAGAAAUUAAGGAAGAAGAAGUUUAGGAAGGAGACGAAGUCAAGGAAGAAGAAGUUUUGGAUGGAGAAGAAGUUAAGGAUAAAGAAGAAAGUAUGGAUGGGGAAGAAGUUUGGGAUGGAGAAGAAGUUUGGAAUGGAGAAGAAUCUACUAAGUAUGGAGAAGAAAUUAAGGAAGAAGAAGUUAAGGAAGGAGAAGAACUUUCGGAUGGGAUGGGAUGGGAUAGGAUAG